AUGGCAAAUGGACUCCUUGAGCAUCCAAAGCAAAAUCAAGAGUGGGAGGAUGUUGGCAAACGAUAUUUGAAUGAAUUACUGUCAAGGUGCCUCAUCCAAAUGGAGCAGGAUUUUUGGUCGUAUUUUACCUUCAAAAUGCAUGAUCUGGUACAUGAUCUUGCAUUAGAUGUGUCUCAAAAAGAAUGUAAAACAGUGAAUUCCGAAGCAGAAACGGUUGAUGAAAAUGUUCGACAUUUAUUAUUAUGUGAUGGGAAGUUGGUUGGAGUUCCACGUGUUUUGGAGGAAAUGAAAAAUGUUCGAACAGUAAUCAUCCAGGAUGCUUCAGUGGAAUCAAAGACUACUUAUGAAUCACUUACAAAUCUGUCUCUCCAAUUUCAAGUAUCUACGAGCAUUAGGAUUAAGGAAGUCACCAUUGAUGGCUUUACCAAAUUCCAUUGGAGUAAACGUGAACUCCCGAGGUCUUUCGAUAAGCUUCGCAGAUUGCAAUCGUUAAAUUUGGGAGGUACUGGUUUGAAGCAGUUGCCUGACAGCGUGCAAAGGUUGAUUGAGCUUAGACAUCUAGUAAUAACCAUUAAAACUACGCAUUUGAAAGAAAUACGAGCAGGAUGUUGGACUUCUCUUCAAUACUUGGAAUUGAGGUGCUGUAUGGAAUUAGAAUGUUUACCUGAAGGAAUGCAGUAUCUGAAGUCACUUCGGACACUUGUCCUGAAGCACUGUGAUAGUCUUGUCUCAUUGCCACGGAGCCUGAAAUUCCUAAGCAAGUUAGAACACCUUGAAAUAGUUGGUUGCCUUCGAAUCAAUUUGAAAAUGGAACUAGAAGAGGAAGAAAAAGACCUUCAGUUGAGCCUUAAAACUCUCUCUCUCACUCUUCGUAUUACCUGCCUUAAGAGAUUUGCCACGAUUGCUUCUUCAAGGAUCUUCUUCCACUUUGCAGCAAUUACGAAUUCAGUUUUGUCAAAACUUGUCCGUUCUACCAGCAUGGCUACCGAAUCUCACUUCUCUUCAAAAACUUGA